CAUCUCAACUCGAUCAUCAUGGUACGUUAUCGUCUGAAUUUCUAUUCAUGUCUUUCUUUUUUUUUGUGGUGUUUAUUCGAUAAUUCGAUAUAGUGAUCAUGAAAACUUCGAAGAACAAUUCCGAGAAGAUAUUAAAAAACAGGAUAAUUUUAUAAUUGUUAAUUAUUGGAGACAAUAUUAUAUUAAUGAAAAAGAUUAUAUUCAUAAAAGUGGACAUUUUGCUUUAAUUGCUGGAUUUGAUCAAAAAACAGAUUAUGUUCUCAUAUUAGAUCCAAAUGCAACCAGAUUUCCUCAUCAUUGGUUACCAUUAAAACAUUUAGUAAGAAUGAUGUCAACAUAUGAUAAAAUGGCAUCUAUGCCAAGAGGAUAUCUCAUCAUUACUCAUCAAAAUAACAAUAAACAGAGUGAUCAAUAUAGAAUUUAUCUCUAG